AUGGCCGAUAAAAGGAAACUCCAAGGGGAAAUAGAUCGAUGUCUGAAAAAAGUAGCGGAAGGAGUAGAACAGUUUGAAGACAUUUGGCAGAAGCUUCACAAUGCAGCGAACGCCAACCAGAAGGAGAAGUAUGAAGCCGACCUCAAGAAGGAGAUCAAGAAACUACAGCGUCUGCGAGACCAGAUAAAGACGUGGGUAGCAUCCAACGAGAUCAAAGACAAACGGCAGCUAGUGGAGAACCGCAAACUCAUAGAGACGCAAAUGGAGCGGUUCAAAGUUGUGGAAAGGGAAACGAAGACCAAAGCUUACUCAAAAGAGGGUCUCGGCCUGGCCCAGAAAGUGGACCCAGCCCAGAAGGAGAAGGAGGAGGUCGGAACGUGGCUCACGAACACGAUAGACACGCUGAACAUGCAGGUGGACCAGUUCGAGAGUGAAGUGGAGUCUUUAUCGGUCCAAACCAGGAAAAAGAAAGGAGACAAAGAGGAGAGGAUUGAAGAGCUGAAGAAGUUUAUCGAACGGCACCGUUUCCACAUCCGGAUGUUGGAGACGAUUCUGCGGAUGCUCGACAAUGACUCGGUGCAGGUGGACGCCAUCAGGAAGAUCAAGGACGAUGUGGAGUACUACAUGGACUCAUCGCAGGAGCCAGACUUCGAAGAAAACGAGUUUCUUUAUGAUGACAUCGACCUCGAAGAUCUUCCUCCCUCGCUGAUUGCCACGUCGCCUCCCGGACACUCGCACCUCGAAGACGAGCUCUUCCAGCCCUCGAGCAGCACCCCCACCUCCACCACCUCCUCCUCCCCCAUCCCGCCUUCGCCCGCCACAUGCACUACAGAAAACUCAGAGGACGACAAGAAGAGGGGCCGAUCAACGGACAGUGAAGUCUGUCAGUCCCCAGUGAAAAAUGGGAACCCAUCGCUGCUGCUCUCCUCCUCCUCCUCCUCGUCCUCCUCCGUCUCCGCCUUCAACUCGUCCUCCUUCGUCUCCAUGGCGUCCAUCUCUGGGGUUGUGGCCAACAGCGGUGGUGCUAGCAUCAUCAGCCACAGCCUCCUCAACAGCAGCAGCAUGGGCCUCUCCUCCUCCUCCUCCUCUGCGCUCCUCUCCAACAGUAUCAUGUCCGCAGGCAGCUACAGCAACGCUACGCAACAACAACAGCACCACAACAUUCUCCCCAAAAACACAAACUCCGCCCCCAGUGUUGUCGCCAGCGCAAACAGCCACCACCAGGCCUCCACGUCGGGACCCUCUCCUCCAAACACCAGCCUCCCAGGCCCCAUCGCGCCCUCUUCCCAGCCCCCCAUUGGCUCCGCAUCCAACAGCCUGGGCCUAAACCUGGGUCUAUCUCUCGGGAAAGCCCCUGGUUCGUUAGCUUCGUUAGCGUCCAGCCCCAUGUCUAGCGGUGGCUUGGGUCUCUCAGGGAUGCCAGGGUCCCUCAGCUCGCUCUCCAGCCUCUUGUCCAGCUCCACCCCAGCUCCGUACGCACAGGCAGCGGCCAUUGGAACCGCAUCUGGACUCUCCACGUCAUCUCUGAGCUCGGUGACGGCUGUAGGAGGUCCCACGUCCAGCUCGGUGGUAGGGGGAGCAAUAGGAGCAGGAAUCCUGGGGUUGUCGUCAGCUGGGACCUCCACCCUGCUGUCACAGAUCCCGACGGGAGGGAGUCUAGGGGGAGGCAGCGGGCUGGGAGUCAUCGGCAGCAACGGCCCGAGCUCAGGGUCGAGUGGAGGAGGAGGCAACGCCAUGAUGGUUCGACCACCGAGCCAGCAGAAGCAGAACGGGAGCUCCAGUUACAGCGCUGUGGUGGCAGAUAGCACAACAGACUCCUCUCUCAGCAGCGUCAGCCAAUCACAGAACAGCCAGUCCUCGUCGCUCUCCUCUUCGGCCAAUCAGCUUAAAGACAGUGCUCCGAGUCUUCUGGCCUCUAUGAGCUUCUCCCCGAGCUCGCCGUCUCCCGCCUCUUUCAGUGAAGCCAAAACGGGAAGUGUAUCUCUGCUGAACGGGCCCAUGUCGUACUCUCAGCCCGGAGACGCCAUCAAGGAGCCUCUGAGCAGCCUGAAGUCCAUGGCUGAGCGAGCAGCACACAGCUCAGGGUUAGAGGGAGACGUGACAUCACUGCACCUCCCCACAGAUAUGUUCCCCAGCUCGGCCGCCCCAUCCAAUCCUCCCUCGGCCCCCCAGACCUGCCUGUCUGAGGUGACCAUCCCUCCCUCCCUGGGGGUCUGUCCUCUGGGGCCAGCACCUCUGUCCAAAGACCAGGUUUACCAGCAGGCCAUGGAGGAGUCGGCCUGGACGCACAUGCCCCACCCGUCUGACUCCGAGAGAAUCAGACAGUACCUGAUGAGGAACCCGUGCCCCACGCUGCCUUUCCACCACCAGGUGCCGCCACCGCACUCCGACACCGUGGAGUUCUACCAGAGACUGUCCACAGAGACUCUCUUCUUCAUCUUCUACUACCUGGAGGGCACAAAGGCCCAGUAUCUGGCAGCCAAAGCCCUGAAGAAGCAGUCCUGGAGGUUCCACACAAAGUACAUGAUGUGGUUCCAGCGUCACGAGGAGCCCAAGACCAUCACCGACGAGUUCGAGCAGGGAACAUACAUCUACUUCGACUACGAGAAAUGGGGCCAGAGGAAGAAGGAGGGGUUCACGUUCGAGUACCGCUACUUGGAGGACAGGGACCUGCAAUGA